AUGACCGAACUGGCCCACGACGACGAAUGUGUUGUAUCAAAACCUGUGGAUGAGGAACAACUGUACUUUGAUACAAUCAUCGGAGCUCUUGAAGAAACCAUGAUGGAGGAGAGCUUUUCGACAAUGAUCGAUAAAUUUGCAGAGCAAAACUGUAAUAUAUUUGAAGAAGGAGAGGAAAACAAAUUAGAGUAUACAACACUCUUUGCGGAAUAUCAAGGAAUGAUUGAGAAAUAUUUGGAAACAUCUUUAAACGAAAAAAUUCAGAACUUUGAACUGAGCCGAUUUUUACGAGUUUUAGAGAAGGUUGAGCAACAGAAAAAAGAACAAACAACAAGCAAAGGACAGGAAGAAAGCAAUGAUGACGAGUGGGAAGAUAUUGAAGAGGGUGACAUGUCAGGAGAUGUGUUCGACAUGCUGUUGUCGUUCACUGAUUUUAUGGAGUUUAAAGAGCUAAUGCUUUCCUACAAAAAGCAAGAGUAUUUUAAAGACAAAUUUUCUGGGCUGUUGGUUGUGUCGAACGGCUCUAAAAAGUAA